AUGAGAAGUGUGAUUGUAACUACUCCGUAGCAGGAGGCACAACUAAACUAAGUACGGGAGUAAGUACUGAUUGCUCUUGCUCUCUCAACCCGCGGGGAACCGACCGACAGAAAAAAGUGUCCCAAAGCAGGAAUCCCACCAAAAAGGGCCGAUCCAGCCAAUCACCGCCGCCAACAUUUUUCCUUCCCGGGCACCCCUCCUCUAGUCCACCAUCUCUCUCUUCUCUCGCUCACCGGCCCCGUCUUUUCCUUCCCUAUUAUCUCUCCCUCUUCUCCUCUUUCCUCUCUUCUUUCUCUCUCCAUUCUCUCUUCCCAUCUUCCAUCAAUCCCUUUCUCUUCUGUCUUUCCUGUUAGUUCAGUAGAGAUCAAUCAUCCGUCAAGAUGGCCGCCAGCUCUUCCCUCGACCACCUGAGCAACCGCAUGAAGUUGGAGUGGCACUCCAAGCUCAACACUGAGAUGGUGCCCUCCAAGAACUUCCGCCGCACCUCCAUCAUCGGCACCAUCGGCCCCAAGACCAACUCCGUGGAGAAGAUCAACUCUCUCCGCACUGCCGGUCUUAACGUUGUUCGCAUGAACUUCUCCCACGGUUCCUAUGAGUACCACCAAUCUGUUAUCGACAACGCCCGUGAGGCCGCCAAGACCCAGGUCGGACGUCCUCUCGCCAUUGCUCUCGAUACCAAAGGUCCCGAGAUCCGUACCGGAAACACCCCCGAUGAUAAGGAUAUCCCUAUCAAGCAGGGCCACGAGCUCAACAUCACCACCGAUGAUCAAUAUGCCACCGCCUCCGACGACAAGAACAUGUACCUGGACUACAAGAACAUCACUAAGGUGAUCUCUCCUGGCAAGCUCAUCUAUGUUGAUGACGGUAUCCUUUCCUUCGAGGUCAUCGAAGUCGUAGACGACAAGACCAUCCGCGUCCGCUGCUUGAACAACGGCAACAUCUCUUCCCGCAAGGGUGUUAACUUGCCCGGCACUGACGUUGACCUCCCCGCCCUUUCCGAGAAGGAUAUUGCCGAUCUCAAGUUCGGUGUUAAGAACAAGGUCGACAUGGUCUUCGCUUCUUUCAUCCGCCGCGGUAGCGACAUCCGCCACAUCCGUGAGGUUCUGGGUGAGGAGGGCAAGGAGAUCCAGAUCAUUGCCAAGAUUGAGAACCAGCAGGGUGUCAACAACUUCGACGAGAUCCUCGAGGAGACUGACGGUGUCAUGGUUGCCCGUGGUGACCUUGGUAUCGAGAUCCCCGCCCCCAAGGUCUUCAUCGCCCAGAAGAUGAUGAUCGCCAAGUGUAACAUCAAGGGUAAGCCCGUCAUCUGUGCCACUCAGAUGCUCGAGUCCAUGACAUACAACCCUCGUCCCACUCGUGCUGAGGUGUCCGAUGUUGCCAACGCCGUCCUUGACGGUGCCGACUGUGUCAUGCUGUCGGGUGAGACCGCCAAGGGUAACUACCCCAACGAGGCCGUCAAGAUGAUGUCCGAGACCUGCCUGCUCGCCGAGGUCGCCAUCCCUCACUUCAACGUGUUCGAUGAGCUCCGCAACCUUGCUCCCCGCCCCACCGACACUGUCGAGUCCAUCGCCAUGGCUGCCGUUAGCGCCAGUCUGGAACUCAACGCUGGUGCCAUUGUCGUCUUGACUACCAGCGGUAAAACUGCUCGCUACCUUUCCAAGUACCGCCCCGUGUGCCCCAUUGUCAUGGUCACUCGUAACCCCGCUGCCUCCCGGUACUCGCACCUGUACCGUGGUGUCUGGCCCUUCCUCUUCCCCGAGAAGAAGCCCGACUUCAACGUCAAGGUCUGGCAGGAGGAUGUUGACCGCCGUCUCAAGUGGGGUAUCAACCACGCCCUCAAGCUCGGCAUCAUCAACAAGGGUGACAACAUCGUCUGUGUCCAGGGAUGGCGCGGCGGUAUGGGCCACACCAACACCGUUCGUGUGGUCCCUGCUGAGGAGAACCUUGGCCUGGCUGAGUAAAUGCAAAAGCAGUCUGGCAUGCCACCGGUUGGUGGAUGACACGGUAACGACAGCGAUUGGAUAGAAAGCGUCAAGGGUGUGUCUCUGGAUAUCGUAGACCGGUCUCGCCGCCAUGCGACGACCCAGGGUAGUCUGCCCGCGGUAGACUGCUUGUGUCUUCACUUGGGAACGUAAUGUGUAUGUAUUUUGAUUUGACGUUAGUUAGCCAGCCAUGUUUGGUGGACUUUGCUGCGAUCAAAAGCUAGAAUUUAAUAAGU